UGUGAAGUGACGUCUUGUUCUUACCGGAACCAUAUCCGUCUCGUUCAUGUUUGCCAGCUUCCCGCGGCUGCUAGCAUGUAUGUCGGCUGAGCUGUGAGGAGACAAAAGACACGAUGUGGUCUUUCUUCGCCCGGGACCCCGUCAAGGACUUCGCUUACGACAUUUCCGCGGACAGCCCGGAGAAGUGUGGACUAUGGUCGCUGCACCGGGGGAAGCGGAAGUCCAAUGGAGAGCCGGUGUCGGUGUUUGUCUACGAGGUGGCACAGGGAUCAGAGCUGCAGACUCAGCUGGCCAAGGCUGCCUUCAAGCGGAUGAAGACCCUUCGCCACCCUAACAUCCUGGCCUAUGUUGACGGCUUGGAGACUGAGAAGAGUUUGUACUUGGUAACUGAACCGGUGACACCCCUGGCCAUUCACCUGAAAAACGGUCCUGGGGAACUUGAAGUCUCCUGGGGUCUGCACCAGAUAAUAAAAGCCGUGAGUUUCCUGGUGAACGACUGCCACCUGCUCCACAACAACUUGGGCCUGUGGGCCGUCUUUGUGGAUCGAGCUGGAGAGUGGAAGCUCGGGGCCCUGGACCAUGUCGCCCCAGACCAAGGUGACCCAAGUGGGGCCUCGCUCCCUGCCCCCAAGGCGGUCUACCCAGACAUGGAGAAGUAUGAACCACCAGAGGGGCCCAGUAGCGGUGGAGAGAAAUGGGCAGGCGAGGUGUGGCGCUUGGGCUGCCUGAUCUGGGAGGUGUUCAACGGGCCACUCGGUCGCACGGCUUCUCUUCGUUCACUCGGGAAGAUCCCCAAGGCCCUUGUCCCUCACUACUGCGAGCUGGUGGGGGCCAACCCUCGCGCUCGGCCAAAUCCAGCCCGCUUCCUCCAGAACUGCCGAAGCCCUGGGGGGUUUCUUAGUAACAGCUUUGUGGAGAGCAACCUCUUCCUGGAGGAGAUCCAGAUUAAAGAAGCGGCUGAAAAGCAGCAGUUCUUCCAGGAUCUGAACGACGACCUAGACUCUUUCCCAGAGGACUUCUGUAAGCACAAAGUCCUCCCUCAGCUGCUCACCGCCUUUGAAUUUGGGAAUGCUGGCGCUGUAGUCCUCACGCCACUUUUCAAGGUGGGGAAGUUCCUGUCCACUGAAGAAUACCAACAAAAGAUCAUCCCGGUCAUCGUGAAGAUGUUUUCCUCCACAGACCGGGCCAUGAGGAUACGACUGCUGCAGCAGAUGGAGCAAUUCAUUCAGUAUCUUAACGAGGCAGCAGUCAAUUCCCAGAUUUUCCCUCACGUGGUCCACGGCUUUACUGACACCAACCCUGCAAUCAGAGAGCAAACCGUGAAGUCUAUGUUGCUGCUGGCUCCCAAACUGAACGAGAGCAACCUGAACCAGGAGCUGAUGCGCCACUUUGCCAGGCUGCAGGCCAGGGACGAGCAGGGCCCCAUCCGAUGCAACACCACCGUCUGCCUGGGCAAGAUCGCCUCCUACCUCAAUGCCGGGACCCGACAGCGAGUUCUGAUUUCUGCCUUCUCACGAGCAACAAAAGACCCCUUUGCAGCGUCACGCUCUGCCGGCGUGCUGGGCUUCGCCGCCACACACAACUACUACAGCCUGACGGAGGUUGCCGCCCGCAUCUUGCCCACGCUCUGUGCCAUUACUGUGGACCCCGACAAGAGCGUCAGGGAGCAGGCUUUCAAAGCCAUCAGGAGUUUUCUUUCCAAGCUGGAAGCUGUGUCAGAAGAUCCAACAAAGCUGUCUGAGAUAGAAAAAGAUGUUGGCUCUUGUGCUCAGCCUGCUGGAACCUCUUCUGGCUGGACCGGCUGGGCUGUGACCGGCAUGUCCUCGCUGACUUCCAAGUUAAUCCGUAACACACCAGGGACAGAAGGUGACAGCAUUGGGUCUCCCAAUGUCGCCAGCGCCACCCCCGACAGUGCCAAUACAGUUCCCGGUUCCUUGGGGAAAGAUCCACAUGCCUCCGUGACCCACUCAAGCUCGGUGAAGCACAACCUCAAAGUGGAGGAGGUGGAGGAGGAGCCAGGAGAGCGCUGGGACGAGGAGGAGGAGGACUGGGGGAGUUUGGAGCAAACUGAGAAGGAUGAUUGGAACAAGGACUGGUCUGGAAUGACGUCGUCCAAGAAGAAUGCCAGCGAUGGAGGAGCAGGCCGCAUGGCGUCCAGUGUGGCAGUGAAAAAGCAGAGUUCGGACUGGAGCAGCUCAGGCUGGGACGCCGACGACAGCUGGUCCAACGAGAAGGAAGGCCAAGGGCAGAGUUCUGCUGGCGAGGAGGGCUGGGGCAACGACUGGGCCGAGGAGGAGACGGACCUGGCCGCCACAUCUCUGCCUGAGGGGGUCCGCUUAGCCAGCGACUACAACUGGGACAGCAGCAGUGUGAGCAAGGGGGCUAACCACAACGACCUGUUUGCCUCUGUGGCGCAGAGAAAUCCCACGCCUGGAGGCGGCUGGAGUGCGGAGUCAACAGGAGACUGGGUCGCCGAGGACACCUGGGAGUCGGUGGACGGAAGUCAAGCGGGUCUGAGCAAGGCCGAGCUGUCCAAGAAGAAACGAGAGGAGCGGAGGAAAGAGCUGGAGGCCAAACGGGCCGAGCGCAAAGCCGCCAAAGGUCCUCUCAAACUGGGUGCGCGCAAACUGGACUGAGCUUCGGUGUUCCCUGAGAGGUAAGACCAUGACCUGCAUUGACCCAACAAGGGCCGCGCCGUUGACCCAGGACACAACUUUUCAACCGGUGAGUGGGAAAUAUCCAAAGGUCUUUUAGAACUGACCAGAACUUUUGGAUCCAUUGCUGAAAGAGGGUGGACAUUGUAUCAUUGUGGAUGGCUGAGUUAUGACACCAUAUUUGACUGCUCACACCUCCCAUUGUAAAGUAAAUGUACAUAAAAUGGAGCAUCUUGUCUUGAAAAUGACACCAUUUUUAAAUAGUCAAAAUAAAUAUAUAUAUAUACUGAAUGGUUUUCAGUAAGCACACAAAGCGACACUGUAGUUUAUUCAGUCCAUGCAUGCACUUUAGUGAGGCCGACUGACUACUUUGUAAGAGUUACGAACACACACACAUUGUUGUUUUCUCUCUCUCUGCAUUUCACUUUUGUAUCCGUGUGCCUUCAUUGACUUUGCUGGACAAGACUGUUGGUACGCCUCCCGCUUCCCAAUGACAUUUUCAAACGGGCAUCAUGGACUCAUGUUCCCGCCGAAGUAUGUAAAAAAAAAAAACAACAACAAACAUCUAAAAGGCCUGGCUGCUGGGACCAUAAAUGUUUGCGCGACACAUGAAAACAAGUCAACCAUGUAGCAUGUGGGCUAGUAUGAAAUAAAGAUAAUACAACAUUU